AGUGUCACUCAGUGUACUCCUGCUCUCUGUUGCAGUCGUAGUAUGUGCCGUUUGGCUUGUAGCUUUAUGUGGCAUCUGCACCUGGUGUCAACGUAAACUGGGGAAGAGGAAUAAACCGGGGAUGGAGGCUGCCAGCUCUCCAGAUUCUGUGAGAGGUCGAGGGGAAAAUAAAGCCAUCAACGAUCUAGACAGAGACUUUUGGAAUAACAAUGACAGCAGCAACGUACAGCAGAGGUGGAGCUCCUACCCGCCCAAGGAGUUCCUCCUAAAUAUGUCUCCCUAUGCUCCCUAUGGAGACCCACGCCUCACUCCCAAUUUUGGGGACACCUCCCUCUCAUCCGCCUCCACCCUGGAGCACAUCCCAUCCUCGGCAGUCGCUCGCCCCCGCCCUCUGGUGCGCCAGCAGAGCCUUCAACAGCCUCUCACUCACCGGCCCCCUCCAGGUCCCAACGACCCACCGGUAACCUCACAGAGUCUGGGCCAGCUGCACACAGGUCCAGGCGGCGGGGGGCACCGUGGGGGCCCGCGGGGGGUCCGGGGGAGUCCGGCUGGAGCUUCCAGGCAUAGAGGUACUGGGGCUGGACGAUCACGGUCAAAUCCAGGAAGCUGGGACCAUAUGAUGGAGCAGAUACGCCACAGAGGUCUGGACGUCAAGUCAUUCCUAACUCCAGGAAACAAACCAGGCAGCAGCCCCAGAGGGCAGACCCCAGAUGAAACCGGACGUCGCCAGGGGCAGAACCACGAAGCAAACUCUUCUGUCAAUGACUUGGCCAACUCUGUCACCAGUGACAUGCUCAUGCUGUCUCCAGGUUCUGAAGAGGAUGAACACGAAGGUCCAGUGCUUGAGAAACUUGGUCGCAUUCAGUUCAGCGUUGGGUACAGUUUUCAGGACUCGACUCUCACUGUCAAAAUUCUCAAAGGACAAGAUUUGCCUGCUAAGGAUUUUUCAGGCACAUCAGAUCCUUUUGUGAAAAUCUACCUUCUGCCAGACAAGAAGCACAAAUUGGAGACAAAAGUCAAGAGGAAGAAUCUAAACCCCCACUGGAAUGAAACAUUUUUAUUUGAAGGUUUUCCCUAUGAAAAGGUGGUUCAAAGGACACUCUACCUGCAGGUUCUUGAUUACGACCGAUUCAGCAGGAACGAUCCCAUAGGGGAGGUGUCCAUCCCCCUCAACAAGCUGGACCUGGCUAACAUGCAGACUUUCUGGAAGGAGCUGAAACCAUGUAGCGAUGGCAGUGGAAGUCGAGGAGAUCUACUAGUGUCCCUGUGCUAUAAUCCCACAGCCAACACCAUCACUGUGAGCAUCAUCAAAGCACGCAACCUCAAAGCCAUGGACAUUGGAGGCACUUCUGACCCCUAUGUAAAAGUGUGGUUGAUGCACAAGGACAAACGCGUGGAGAAGAAGAAGACGGUGGUAAUGAAACGGUGCCUGAACCCUGUUUUUAAUGAGUCUUUUCCCUUUGACGUGCCGGCCCACGUGUUGAGGGAGACCACCAUAAUUAUCACCGUCAUGGACAAGGACAGACUCAGUCGCAAUGAUGUCAUUGGAAAGAUUUAUCUUUCAUGGAAGAGUGGCCCAGCAGAGGUUAAACACUGGAAAGACAUGAUAAGUCAUCCUCGUACCACCGUGGCCCAGUGGCACUCUCUCAAAGCCUGAGGGGCCCAGGAGCCAAACUGUCUAAAGUGUUACCCCACCCCACCCCACCAGGAAGUCAACGUGAGCGUCUCAGCACACAUCCCUUCUCCCUAAAUGCAGUGUUGGGCUGUCGACCAUGUAUCACCUCUUUGUUCUCAGGCCUCUUUGAUAUUCCUCGCCCUCAGUCCUUGUGAAUCAGCCCUAAAAUUGCACCACCUUGUCAAGUUCUGAUUGCCACCUGACUCUUUUACAUCGGCCUGAAUGAACUUCAAAAUGUCUUUGAUAUCUUAGCUCCCUUGUGCCCUCUUUCUGUACCAUUUAUUUCCCAAGAUAUCUUUCAGUCUUUCUUCCAUCAUAUCAGCCAUUCCUAGAGCCUAACAUCAGAGCAGUAGCUCUUGCUGCCCAUGGAUACAAACUACCAACCAAAAAUGAAUCAAACUGAUAGUCAAAUCAUCCUCUGUGGCAGCAAGAGGGACUGUGUUUGAGCAUAAGGGUGACCUGUGGGAAUCAUGUAUCACCUCACAUCUGAUAUCUCUGCUCCUUCUAUUUCCAUCUCUAAUCCUGCAUAUCUUCAAAAUGCCUAAAAAAAACAAACAAACAAAAAACAAAUCAGGAAAUGAAGGAGUGACGGACUGAAUUUCAAAUGGACUGGAAGUGGACUCUGUUGUUUAAAUUUUCUUUGAACGUUUCCCUUUCUCACUGCCACCACUGUAAUUCUCCCAUGGCUGGAACCCUUUAGUCGUCUGUGCGUGAUGUGCGUGACGUGCUGUAAUCCCAAAUGAUGUUCAACCCAAAAAAAAGGAGGCAUGGACAUGAACAUUUAACACUGGUCUGAAAAGGCAAGUGUGGAAGAUAUGUUUCCAUUUAGAAAAAAAAAAAGAGGAGUAAAGUGAUUAUUGUACCUUAUUUUAUUUUAUUUUUUUUAAAGAAAUCCUCCAGAAAGAAAAUAAGCAAAAAGCCUCUCCCAUUUGUGUGGUAGUGUGGAUACAUAUAUGUAUGUAUGUGUGUGUGAGGGAGUAUUUUAGGCCUGCACUGCCAAAUGGAGAGAAAUAAAUAUCCUUAUCAUGAUAAAUUAUAAAUUCAGGCAGACCUUUGUAAUUUCCACCUGGUAUAUAACUAUACUUUUGUCACGCUUCAUUCUGAUAGAGAUGUGCAAAAAGCCUUAAAAUAAAUUCCUGUUUUAUUACAGCAGAAAAAAAUGCUGCAGCUCACUAUCCAAAUAAUUUUUUGAUGAAAAAAAAAAUUGGGGUUUGAUUUUUGCUUCCCUUAAUCAUCCUACACACAAGAGUGGAUGCAGAAUAAACUUUGGUCUUUGGUUUAGACUUUGUUCUAGUUGGUUUAGACUUUUUAAAACACUGCUUCUGAGUUUUUAUAUGAUAAAAUGUGAGCUAAACAAUUUUUGUGUAUCUAUUUCUUGAUUUCUAAUUUCCGGCACAUUUUCCGGUGUUUAUUUUGAGCAGUGACUUAAAUAAUCAGGAGAAGUUAUUGCAUAUCAGUUCUUAAAAGAACUUACCUAUUAUUUUACAUAAACUUGUGUUUUUUUGUGUGCACAUAAUACAAUGGAUUUUGUCACUGCAGCAAAAGAAGAAUUAUUUAAUGGCUGUUUACACUUUGUUACCAGGUUUUGAAUUUUUAUCAAAUCUAUAUGUUGAAAAAAUUUAUUGCAAUGACCUCAAUCACCCAAUUAUCACAUCAUAAUGAUGUUAGAAAUUUCUUAGUAGAGAGUACAGAACGUAUAAAUGUAUUAACUGUCAGAUUAUAGUGGAUCCUUAAAGAUGUAUGGUUGAAGCAAAUUUGUCAUCUUGACAAUAAUCCUAAUAUUUUUUUAACUUAGUAUUUUUUUAAGUGAUAAGUCUUAAUAAAAAAGGCCAAGCAUGAUAAUGAUAAACUAUGUUAAUUAAUGUAAGUUGCAUUUAAAUACAAAAUCACUGCCAGGACAAAGAAACAGAUAGAAAGACAAAUUACAAACUGGAUAUUUAUUAAUGGAAAGUGUUACAUGAAACACACCCAAAUAGCAGCAGGUGAGGUAGACAAAUUAUUAAAUAUAAUAAUACAGAAAGGUGGCUGGAGGUCCUUUCUUUCUUGUUUAUAGCUGAUGUUGAGCUUAGGUUUUUCCACUUUGACGUAAUGAGCUUACAGGGAUUCACUGAAAAGGAAAAAUCUAAGUAAAUCUUUUUUUAUAUUUUCCUUUUCUUGUUUUCUAAUUAAAUACAGACAGGCAAUAAAACAGAAACUAAAUGAUGAAACAAUGACACAUUCCAGUAAAUCAAAACCACACUGUGCUUGUUAAGCACUGAUGGACUGAGCUGUGCCUUAAAGCACAGCAGUGCAUUGCCCAGACUCAGUUAUAGCUGAUUUUGUUUGGGCUUAGGGUCUGAUUAAAGUACUGGUCGGCUUCCUCUGUGCUUGUUUUACUGCCUGAGCUUGACCUUCAUCAAGCCCCAUAGAGGGAUGUAUUGAUCACUUGAGUGAAAACAAAUUAGAAUAAUCAAAUUUUAGGGGAGGGGAGAACUUUUACAUUCCACAGUUUGUGUUGGUCUUCUGGAGGCGUGUAAGUGAAUCUUCACUUUGUGUGAGUGUCAGUGUUCAGACUUUCUACUCUGUGUGUCCACAGUAAGUUUGAAUUUACCAUUUUGACAUUGAUUGACACUGUUUACUGUUUUCUAAAUCUGUAUAAAUUUAAAUGUACAAAGCGAAAUGUUUUUUGUUUUGUUUUCCUAAAGAUUGUCCGUAUUUAUAUGACCUACUGCACUUGUUAGGGACUAUGCUAGAGCAGACCUCUGAUCAUAGCAGGGUUAUUUUCUUCUGUCCUGUAUGUCUUGAGAUGCAAAUAUCUCUAAAGAAAAAAAAAAAAUAAGCCUAAAAUUUCGAGAUUUAACCUCCUCAAUCUCACUAUCAUUAACCGGAGUUUAUGUUUAUACCAAAGCAGCUUCCAGUGUUAUAUCAUAAAUGUCAGCUCCGCCCUUUCUGUCUGAUCUCAUCUCACUCAGCCAAAAAGGCGUCUCCUUAACAUCUCAACUGACGCUGCACCAGAACGCCCCUGCCGUGCACACAUGCUUCCUGGCACAAAGCGUGCUGCGUGUGCCUUGUUAACUCUGCCACGCCUUGCUCUUCACCAUAUGCCCUACCACUCAGUCUAUGUAGAGGUUGAAGAGGGGUGUUGAGGUAAAAAGGGUAAAAAAUAGGAUAAUCACAACCGUCAGCUAUUCACAGAGCUCAUAGCUAAGUCUCAGGUCAUGGGAGAAAGUUGAGAAGCUCCUAGAAAUAAGGAGCAAUAGAUUCAUUCAUGUGUCUUAAAGGCGUUCUGUCUCAGACAAGAGACUUUUUAUUUAAAUAGUGAUUAAAGAGCACUCCAUUUCAGAGCUCAUGAGGAAACGAUUUAAAUUAAUGCAUUUAAAUUAUUUAGUAAAGAUAUGAUUGAAACCAAAUAUUUACAUACACUGCAUAAAAAGACACAUAACCUUUAUGUCAGUUCGGAUAUUUAGCUAAACACUAGAAUAAUGACUAUUUUUCAGAUCUUUUAUAUCAGAUUCAGAGGUGUACAUGUUUUGUAUUUGUUUUGUUAGAAUUGACCUUUAAACAGUAUAAAUUGGGUUUAAUAUUUGGAACAUCACACAACUUUUUCGUUGGCCAGAGCUUUGUGAUCACAAGUCUGAAACACUUUGACUUCCACAGUGUAAAUAAUUUAUCAUCCUCAUUAAGGUUAGGGUCAUUGUCCCAUUUAUGCCAUUCGACUUCUUGAUUUUAAAGUUUUAUUAUUCGGCUUUAUUUUUAUUUGUUUUUUAAAUGGAUUCUUCAUCUCUAAGUGACCCUUGAUUCCAUGUUUGUACAAGAGUUUUACUAUUGAUGAUUAUCUGUAAGCAGAUUUAGUCAACAUCUUCACAAAGUAAUUUGAAGGCUAUGCUCUAAAAGAUUUUUGCCUCACAAGCUCUGAAUCCUUCUCCUCAAUGAAUGGUGAAGGUUAAACAUUCCCACGAUGUUUACACUUGUUUAAAAUUUUAAUGUUUAAAAUAUGGCAGAUACUAAGAAUAUGAAAGAUUCAUUCAAACAGCAAAGGUUAGUGAUUCCAUUAUAAAUAUCUUGGAUUAUUCUGUUACCUUAGAAGUAGUGCAUUUGAGUUGUUGCUGAAAAUUACAUCCACAGAUGUGGCUCCAUUUAACCUAAAGAUUCAGAAUCAGAAGCAUAGAUGGCCUUUACACUAACAUCUCAGCUUCCUAAAUUGUUUGACGGCAAAGAAAUCAUUCUUGCAGUAAUAAAUAACUUCUCUAAAAAGUAUAACUCCAUUUUCUGGUGUCUAGAAAAGAGCAAUAAUGCUAUUUUAUCAUCAUCAGACAGAUUUAAAUAAUUUCUGACAGAGAGGAAAAAGGGUCAUGUGUCUUUGUAUAUCUUGUAUACAAAUAUUUGGUUAAAUGUAAGUUAAUUAGGGUUUUAGUUAUUAUUAUUUAUUUAUUUAUUUUAGAGAUCGAGCUGAAAUGUGUCUUUCUAAACAUUACAUAGUCAACAACACUAUCAAAGUUUGCCAAACAAGCUCAUACAUCUAUUCUAGGGCAUUCUAUUAAAGAACCGCUGGAAAUAAAGAGAGGUUUACUGGCAACACUUUGAUUUAUCUGAUGUACGAAUUAUCGUGAAGUGUCUUGUAUGUAAAAAAAAAAAAAAAAGAACAUAUUUAUUGGGGUAGUUGAUAUCUUUCUGUCCUCAGGAUCACUAACUCCUCUUUCACUCUUUUUUUCUUGUGAUCACACAUCCGUGGGGUGCACAAUGUUGAAUAUCAGCCAUGACUUUUUUUUUUUUAUU